AUGUCGGACAGCGAGCAGGAGCUUCGACCCCAUCCUCACAAGUCCCCCGCUUUACUACACCACCUUAGCCACACUCUUCCUUCAACACCGCCUCUGCACCACCAUGCCUUCCGCGCAGACUUCUUCCCAGAGCCAGGUGCGUUCACUUUCUACUCUCGAGGGUCACCUCCUUCAUUCCUCCUCUUCACCACGUACCCCGUGUUUGCCAGUCGCUUACCCCCACAGGCUCGCUCGCAGCCCGCCGCUGCCGGAGCCGACGCACAGCCCCAGCCGAAGCAGCAGCAGGGCCAGCAAGCCAAGGUCCCGCAGCAGCAGAGCCAGCAGCGCCAGUCCCAGCCUCAGGCCCAGGCUCAGCAGCAAGACGACGAGGACAGCGAUGACGAGGAGCAGCAGCAGGCCCCGCUUCAGCCUCAGGCCGCCCGCCUUCCCCCUGCCCCUAAGCAGACUCCGGCUCAGCAGCAGCAGCAGCAGUCCAGCGGUCCCCAGGCCGCGUGUGCCGCCGGCGCUGGCGCCCAGCCUGUUCCCGCCGCGCCGAUGGCCAAGGCCGGUGGUCGCCAGUCGUGA